AGGCACUUAGGCCCAAGCGACUGCGGCUCACUGCAAGCGCUCGGACGAUGCCGGGCGCCCGCGGGUGGCGUCGCGCGCGCCCCAGCCCUGACGAAGUUCAUCGCCACUGGCGGGCGCUGAGCCCGGAGUUGCGGCGGGCGUGCUUGCGAUUCGGGGACCCGGCCUUGGUGGAGAGGGUGAAGGUGAACCUGGCCGUGCUCUACGAGAGGCAGACCACGCUGCAGGCGCUCGGUCUCGCGCCAGCCGACGAGGACCCUCUGGAGGCAUCUGUUCUGUUGAAGCAGGGCUUCGAGCUCUCCUACGGGAUGCGCUACGCCAAGCAGCGCGUAUCGGACCGAGUCGACAACGACGUUAUGCUAGUGGACCGCGACGUCAGUGCCGUCCUGACUGUGAAGGCCGACUUUGUACGCAGGGACGACUUCCUGGAUCGGAUCUCCUCGGUGCUGCCCGAUUUCCUGUCACAGAAGUGCUCCCGACAGCUUCUUCCCCGAGCAAGGUGGAAGGGCCUUUUGGCAGCCGAACCGGCCAACGUCGGGGAGCUAGAGCAGCAGCUGGCCAGGCUCGUCGAGCAGGCUCUGUGGUCCAUGGUCUCGGACCCGGCGCUUCAGGCGGAGCAGUCACAGGCGCCCGUGGGCCCCCCCGCUGAAGAGCUGGAACUGGAGGGUUGGAUGCAGGAGCACGACGCCAAGGUAAAGAAGAAGGCCGACAAGCGCAAAGCGCGCAGGACGAAGGCUGGGCCAUAUAGAACCUGGAGGCUAGGCCUACCCUAGGCCCCCUAGGCCUACCUUAGGCCUACCCCUGUAGGUCUUUGCCUAGGCUUACCCCCUAGGCCUACCCCAAGGC